CGCGGGCGCCGCCACGCCGUCGCUGGCGCCGCCGCCUGGGUCUGGCUCGGCGAGCGCCUCGACGCAGCAGUCGCAGUCGCCCGUCUUUGGCGCCAGCAGCGGCGACACGGCCUCGACGGCGGGCACUGAGAGUCGCGAGGCGCAGGAAGACAUCCAGGCGGUCAGUGCGCUUGCUUGGGGCUCGCAGUGGGUGUGAGCGCAGAGCCAUGGCACUGAUAUUUGCCUCUCGCGUCCCACCAGCGAAUCGAGCGCAAGCGCCUCGAGCACGAGCAGCAGCGCGCCGUGCAACGCCAGGCGUUCGAGCAGCAGAUGCAGCGCCUCGAGCAGCAGCAGCGCGAGGAGGAGGCCAGCUUGCUCCGGCGGCCUGGUACCGAUGGCACAGCAGCAGAGCCGGAGCGGCGCUUCAACAGUGCAGCCCUGGGCGACGUGGCUGCCUCGGCGCCAACGACGCCGCCCAUUGGCGCUGCACAGGCCGGCCGUAGCGCUGCACGUCGCUCUCUCAUCGGCGCCGACGACGAUCGCUCGGCACGGCCCGAGGAAGGUCUCAACGGCAGCAACGUGCCCGGCCUGCCGCCGCCGGGCGGCAGCAGUACACGCUCCGUGCCGGCGUCGCGCCGCAUCAGCGCCGGACCGGACGAGCUGGGCUCGGCUGCGAGACGUCAGAACGCCGUGCUCGGCGAUGUGGCUGGAGCGUUCGAGCGUCUCUCAGUGGGUGGUCGCACCGGCGCAGCACCCGGCCAGGUGCCGCAGCAGCUGUCGCAGCAGAGCCUGCAGCGUGCGGCGCUGGCUCGUGCCGCAGAAGGCUCUGCUGAAGGCACGGGCGCCUCGGUCGCCUCGACCCCGUCUGGCUUCACGCCCGUCUUCAACGAACGCUUCCUCUUCGACGACGAGCUCGACGCUGAGGACGCCGCCUUUGUGCGCCGCUACAACCUGCAGGACGACGACGACAAGUUCCCCGUGCUGAUCCGCCACGACAGCAACCCGGGCAUGCUCUCCGCCUCUUCCGCCGCGCUCGACUUGGCGCCGCUCUCGCAGACGCCGCCGCGCUUCGGCCGCAACAUCGGCGCCGGCGCUCGCAUGUCCGAGUGGCCUCAGUUCAGCGAGCACGACGGCGACAAGAAGGACACAGGUCGACAGCGCUCGCCUCAGAGUCAGACACAGCAGUCGCAGUCGCAAUCGCAGUCACCGCCACACGCCUCGCCUCACAGCGUUGGCGACGCUGCAGCAGGCGACCGUCGCGGUCGCUCGGAGCGCUCUUCGCCGCUCCUCACGGGCUCGCAGCGUGCGGCGUCGUUGCUGCCGCUCGGCGGUGGCGCAUCUUCACCGUCGUCGGGUCGUGCCUCGCCCGGACUCGGUCUGCCAUCGUCGCAGCCCCGUGCCGUCAGCGGUGGUCAGCCAGGCAAUGCUGGAGGGCGCGCCUCUGCGGGCUCGCGCUUCGCCAGCGGCCCGCACCGCCUCUCGCAACACUUUGUCGCCGACGAAGAUGCUGCCGACACCCAGCUUGGCGCCACUGGGCGCAGCUCGGCCUCGACGUCGCCGCAGCAGUCUCGCGGCGCGCCGGAGCUGUCGUCGUCGUUCGGCAACGGGCAGGGCGCAGAGACCAGCCGGCCUACAAGCGGUGCUUUCCCGAGCUUCGCCAUCGACGGCUUCGCUGCGGCGCCCUCGGGAGCCGGCACGCCUAGCCGCUUCGGCUACGCCGGCAACUCGGGCACCUUCGACGGUCGGUCAGCGAGCAAUGACGCCUCUCGUCCGGCGUCAGGCUACUUCGAGGCAUUCGGCACUAGUGCAGGCGCAGGCGGCGGCGCUGGCCUGUACGGCAAGGGUCCGCUUGGCGCGCAGCAGGGCGCUGCUGCUGCCAACAAAUUCGGCAUGGGCCUGCCGCCGAGCGACGGCAUGGAGAUGAUGAAGGGCCGCAAGGGCGACCUGGACGUCAACACGCCGCUCGAGGAGCUGCACGGCGAGAUUUUUGCGCUGUGCAAGGACCAGCACGGCUGCCGCUACCUGCAGAAGAAGCUCGAGGAGGGCGUGCCGGCGUACCGCGACAUGAUCUUCCGCGAGACGUUUGCGCACUUCACCGAGCUCAUGACGGAUCCGUUUGGCAACUAUCUCUGCCAGAAGAUGCUCGAGUUCUGCACCGACGAGCAGCGCAACGUCAUCGUCGAGGCCGUCGCGCCCGAGCUGGUGAGCAUCAGCCUCAACAUGCACGGCACGCGCGCCGUGCAAAAGACGAUCGACUUUCUCUCGACGACGCGCCAGAUCCACUCGAUCAUCGUGGCGCUGAGCAUGAGCGUCGUGACGCUGAUCAAGGACCUCAACGGCAACCACGUCAUCCAAAAGUGUCUCAACCGCCUUGGCGCCGAGGACAACCAGUUCAUCUACAAUGCCGUCGCGGCGCACUGCGUUGAGGUCGCCACGCACCGCCACGGCUGCUGCGUGCUGCAGCGCUGCAUCGACCACGCGUCCGAGACGCAGCGCACGCAGCUCGUCACCGAGAUCACCUUCAACGCCCUCACGCUCGUGCAGGAUCCGUUUGGCAACUACGUCGUGCAGUACAUUCUCGACCUCAACGACGCACGCUACAGCGACGCGGUGAUCCGGCAGUUCAUCGGCAACGUGUGCCUGCUCUCGGUGCAGAAGUUCAGCAGCAACGUCAUGGAGAAGUGCAUCCGCGUCUCGGAGCCGUCGGUGCGCAAGCAGCUCAUCGAGGAGCUGCUGAACCGCACGCGCCUCGAGAAGCUGCUGCGCGACUCAUUUGCCAACUACGUCGUGCAGACGAGCCUCGACUACGCCGACCCGCUGCAGCGCAUGCAGCUCGUCGAGUGCAUACGGCCCAUUCUGCCCAUGAUCCGCAAUACGCCCUAUGGCAAGCGCAUCCAGAGCAAGCUGCAGCGCGACAAUCUCGACAUGGGCGGCCCGCCGGCGCACGCUGGCCACGCGGGAGGCAUGCCCUACUCGCUCAUGCACGCUGCGCACCAGCAGCAGCUGCAGGCCAUGGCUGCUAUGGCUGGCCGUCCCGGCGGCCCUGCGCCGCCGCCGCCCGAGUUCCUCGGCAUGAACAACAUGCCCUACAACGCGGCCGCGCACGGUGCGCUGCACCAGCAGCCCGGCGCCCACAUGAUGCACCCGGCGCACGCCGGCCACCUCGGAGCGCCGCUGCCGCCGCCGCACAUGGCGCGGCAGCACCAGGGCCACGCCCCGCCGCCUCCCGGUGCACCGUACGGGCCCUCGCCGAGCCUGGCGGCCGCUCAGCACGCACGUCUGGGCCACCUGCCGCCCGGCGGCAACUUCGGCCCCCGAGGCGCUGGACGUCCCUACCACGGCGCCGCUCCUCCGCCUGCUGGACCGCCCUCUCAGGCGGCAUUUGGCGUCGACGGUCCGGCGUACGGCGCCCCCUACGCCGGCAUGCAGCCGCACAUGACCGGCAUCUCCGGCGCCCACGGCUUCGUCGGGCACGCGCACAACAGCGCCUACCCGUACUGAGCCUCCAACAACCCACAAGCACAGCGAGCGAGAUGGAAGCUCUGUGCUUCCUCCUCGCUCGUCCCUGCGUCUGCCAGCACCCC